CUCUUCUCUUGCCGCUCUAUAGUCUAUGGUUCUAGCGUGUGUGUCGUUUGAAAGUUGUUUACAGUUGCCGAGAGCAGGAGACGCGGUAUUAUUUUGAUAGCAUCAUGUCAUGAUGUUUCGCAGUUCCAUUGGUAUCAGUACUGACGGGAUAUAUAAAAGCGUUUCGUGCUAGACGUAUUAGGAAAAAAAUAUAUUACGAUAAAAACUUCAUAAGCAGCAUGGAAAUCGAGAAAGAAGUGUGGAAAUCAGUGUUGCAAAUUCUCAUGUUUCAGCCUGUAAUGGAACUGAAAAAUGUCACCGAAUUGUUAUCGGAACUGAAUGACAGAAGAACAGUGGCGGUUGAUUUAGACAGUGUUAUUCACCAGAUAAAUCGGCAUGUGAAUCGACACGGACAGCAGUUAACUAAACAGAUCUGUGAAAUCACAGAAAAUGAAUAUCUCAUCUUAUUCAGUACGAGCAACAACGCAGCUAUUCAGACUCUGACAGGUGGUUACACAAAGGAACACAGGGAGGUCUACAAAAGGAUUCUGGCAGAAAUUAUGACUUCAGAGACUUUGGGCUGUGUGUCAUCUACCCAUGUGCUGAAUAUGUCACAAGAUAUGCCUUUUCAUAUAACAAAAGGGCAUCUCCAGGAUAUUGCAGAGAAACUCAUUAAUGAUGGGUGGUUCUGCAAAAAGGAAGGCAAGAUCUACAUAGGCGUUCGCACCAUUGCUGAAAUGGCACCAUACAUUGCAGAAGCAUAUGCAGAUUGUGUUUCGAACUGUCACCUGUGCAAAGACUAUGUUUUUGUGGGAAUUGUCUGUGAAUGUGGUGUAGUGUGUCACAAACGAUGUGUGGACAAAAUGAGAAAAAUUUUGUCAGGUGUAUACGAGUGCCCCAAAUGCAAAGUUCAGCAACAGAUAUAGAAUUUUGGUAGUGUCAAAUGCAGACAACAAAUCUUGUGCAAAAUCUUUGAUCUUGGGGUAGUUUCCUUCUGGAAGAAACUUGUAAAACUCAACACAGUUUCUUCUUUAAACUGGUCCUUCACGGAAUAAUCACCUCGCAGGUCAAUGAUUUCCAUUUGCAGUGUGCCUGGACAUCUUCCACUUUGCAAGAAAAGGGGUUCUGGAAAAUCUCGAUCUCAUUGGAAUAAGCGUCUAAAUACAAGAACCUGGAAGAGAUCUCCUUCAGAUCACCAAGAAAUUACCUUGUGAACAAAAAUGGAGAACUUUAAACAUGUUCACGAUUUGAUGACUGGGAGUUGGCAAAAUGUGAGGAAUGUUUCUGUGUGAUAUUGUGUUCAGAAAGUAUUUGUUUUGAUUAAAAUCUUUAACAUGCUUGUAAAGACAAAAAAUAAUAUUGUCCUCCUCUUGAAGUUUGAUUCAUUUCAUUCAAAAUUGUUUUUCUCAUUCAGAAAUAUUUCAUCUUUGUUCUCAAAGAAAGGAAGCUUUGCAAAAUUUUACCACACAUUAACCAUCUCACUGCCAUGUGAUAUGAGAGAAUACUUGACAAAGAUUCUACCUCUUGAAGGAAAGGCUUGAAUUGAUGGCGGUAGCGAGUCUAUGACAUCGAAUGAAAUUAAAAACCAAAAUUACAACAGUAUUCUUCACACAAGACACACCCACUGAUUUUGCCCAAAGUGCAUCCCGAUCAAUAGUGCAGUGUGUUUUCCAGGGUUUGAUACACCACUGGCUUCACACUGAAUGUAGUGUGGUGUUCCAAUGAGACCUGUAUAUUUGGCACACAAUCCCCUGCACCCAUCUGUACCCUGCAAGGAAAUAAGAUUUGCUGGUUCUUCAGUAACUUCGAAGUCUGUGUUAAUACCUCAAUUGAGUGACAACAGAGAUGUCUGUGAUUCAUCCAGGUCUGUUGGGUACCAAGCAAACUUAUGUCUUUUCUUGUAACUGUUUGGAUAAAUUACAGACAAUUUCUUCAAUUCAACAUGUCACUGUAUUUGCUAAAAGAGUAGCUUUACAUCAUUUGGUUCUGUAAAGAAAACACCUCUCUAGCUGUAAUUAAAAUGCACUGCUAUCGAAAUGUGCAUCAUGCAUUUUUUCAUAGUGGCACUGACUAUUGUAUUCCAUAAGAACAGCAAUAAAUUCAUUACAAACAACACUAAUUAAUUUGUUGGCUUUCUCUAUAACAAAAUAUUUCAUGGCCACGUUGUACUGAAGAUAGGACACCUACAUUCAAUUUCCUCUUUUUAGCUUGAAUAGACAUAUUUCACAUGCAUUCAGAAGAAAGAAAACUUGAAAUUACAAUUGAAUUAAACAAGCCAGGAAGACUCUCACACUAUUUUAAAAGGCUUCGUUCAAGCUUGUACCAGAUGCAACCUUUAGACCGUAUUUUGGAGAUCCCUCGUGUAACACACACAAUAACUCUCAGUAUGUCACACUAUUGAACAUAAUAUCAGAUGAGUGUGAAUAGCAUCAUUUAUAUUUAUUUCUAGCACAGUUUUUACCAAAGGGAGCAUACCUAGCAUCACAUGGGUUUAAUAAGAGUGAGUUUUAUACUGAAACUGCAAAAAGUCGAUAACAUAAAAAAAAAACCUUCUGUUAAGGUACUAGAUGGGGUAUGUAAAACUGUACAAAGAGAAUAAAAUAGUAGAUUAUAAAAGUGGAAAUUGAGUAGUGAAAACUGAAUUAAUAUCUGAAGCUAUUUUCAAACUGUGAUACUUUGAAAGCACAAGGUCAUAAGUUCUUACUCUGAAAGCAUAAAGAUAAAACUAUAAUUCUUUUUCACUAAAAUACUAAAAGUAAAUGCCUAGAACAAUUGACAUAUAAAUAGUGAAACAGUAAAAUUACAGAAGUGGGAUUAUGUUGAGUACCUAGAGUUGCAUGAAGUGUCAUUAAAUAUUGUCAAUUUUAAAAAGCAGAUAAUGUAUAAAGCAGUAAAAAAUAUAAAACAAUAAAUUAUAAAAGUGAAACUGCAUACAGCAACUAAGCCCUGACAGGGUGUGACAGUUAUGGUUACCUGCAUUUGCUUGGCAGUAUUGUAUGGCGCGCAGUUUUGCAUUACGUACGGAAGUCAGUCUGCACUUGCACACCCGCCUGCUUCUGGGACAGUGUGUGAGCCGUUAAUAAAAUCAUUCGACUGAUUUAAUGUGUUGCCAGGCUUUUGCAAAUAGUGUGUAAAAAUCUCGAUUGCUUCCAACAUUGUUAGAAGGUGGUCCCUUAUGUUCAUUGCACUUUCAAGUGCAUAUCAAUAGUUCCAACAGCAUGCUUCGAUGUUAGAAGAUGCUCACCAAACGCUGUUGUAUUACUGUGAACAGAAGUGUGCUCUUUGAUGCAUAUUUCACACACACGUCCUGCCUGUUUGACGUACGUAAAUGUUUCGACAGUUUCUACACUUUAGUUUAUAUAUACCUGCUUCCAUGAAUUUUGAGGCGUUUCUAUUCAUAUGAUACUCAGGCUGAAGAGAGUAAUGUCAUUAGUUUUAAAUCCCAUAUGCAAAUUGGUAUUGUAAAAUUGUCUAGCAAUAACAUCUGUGCGCGCAAUUCACUUUCAAGCCUCUGGUCCUGCGUUAGUACAUUUGUUUUGAGCAUGUAGUGCAAGAGGACUCACUGUUUUCCCCUUUUUUCCUCUCACAAUAAUUCUGUAUUACUUUACAGGUGCUAUUCAGCAAUAUCUAACAACUGGACAAUGUGCCCAUGAACUGCGGCCCUUGGCUGGACAAGACAUACGUCUGAUUGCUGCAGUCCCCGGGUCACCAGCUAGCCACUUACAGCAGCCGACCAGCUUACUUGCAUGAACAGAUGAUCUGGAAAGUCCACUUCCGAGCACACAGUUAGAAUGUUUCCCAAAAAGGAGCAGAUUACACCUGACAGUCUGGCCUGCCCAGUUUUCAAACUGCCACUAGAUGGUUCUUACAGUGGCAAAUGAGUUAUGGAAGUCAACAAUCUGAUACCUGUCGUUUGUAACUCAAGGGCAUAUGUGUUAUUUUCUUGUAUUGCUGUUCACCUGUUAGCUUGCUACUAUUGAUCUCACGCUAUUGUUGUUUUUUAAUUUUCUGUAAUAACUUAAGUUACUGUUGAGACCGUGUAACCAUUGCUCUCUGCAACGUGCUUUAUAACAGUGAUUUCUUAUUCCUCUCGUGCUUGCUUAGUGGCAGUUUUAAUAACCUAUUAAUCUUGGAUUGAAAAUAUGCCAUCUUCAUCCUUUCAGGGUGCCAGGACUUAGUGAUAAUGUCUGCACAGGUCAGUUUUCUGUACACGCUAAAACGGUGUUUACCCACCUUACUUAUAACCGUAAUGUCGAAAUAGUUGAUGGCUUCUUUAUUUUCUGUAAAUCUAAUUUUUGGGUGAAUGGCACUCAUUCUCUCCACUAUGUCAUUAAAAUCGCUUUGAUCUCCUUUAACCUACAAAAUAGCAUCAUCAACGUAGCGGUAAUAGCAGACAACUUUACUGGCUGUUGCAGGGUUCUUAGUGAAAAAUUAGUUUUCUAAAUGAUUAAGGUAAAUCUCAGUCAUAAUGCCGAUGAGGGAAUUUCCCAUGGCUGGCCCUCCCGGGUUUGUGGAAUAUAUUACCUUUAAACCUAAAAUAGGAAAACAUCAGUUCUCGAAGCUCCAUUAAUUCACGGUUGUUCUUAACUAUUUCUAAUGGCUUGCAAACAGGCAUGUUAAUAUACAAAUUCACCAUAUCUAGGGAUAAAAAGAUGGAAACAGGUGGUAUGACUUUGUCCGCAAACUAUACUGCUCAUGAAAGUGUAUAGCAUUUUCAAUCUUUGUACUAGCACUGCAUUUAUCACGGCAUGAGGACUUUUUACUUUUUUUAUUAUGAAGCUUAACCUGCACAUGUGCGUCUGGCAUUCAUGGGCUUAUGAUUAUACAUCGCUUUUUGCCCAUCAGAAAACAGAAAAUUUGAUUUUCGAACUUUGCCCAUUAGUUAUGCCUGGAACUUUUUUGUAGGAUCUCUAGCCACUUCACUAAUCCCGUUUUGAGAAAAGGUUAUGCUAACGAAAUUGAAAGAAAUUUUUCUGUAUAAAUGGGAUUACCUAAAUGACCAGAGAGGUUCAUAAAAUUAACAGACAACAACAGCAUAAAAUCAAUGGCAGCACGCUAACAGGUGAACAGGGAGACAAGGAAGUAGUGUACAUGGCUGUGAAUUAUAAAGGACAGGUUUCAGAUGUUACUGCUGGAGAAUUUCGUAAUACCAAUUUGCAUAUAGGGUUUAAAACUAAUGACAUUAUUCACUUCACCCUGAGGUAGCAUGUGAAUAGAAAAAGCCUCAAAAUUCACAGCAGCAGGUGUAUGUAAAUUAAAAUGUGGAAUCUCUAAAAAACCUUACACAGGUCAAACAGGCAGCACGUUUGAAAUAUGGAUCAAAGAGCACACUUCAAUUCAUUGUAAUAAAACAGCAUUUGCUGAGCAUCUUCUAACAUGGAGGCAUGCCAUUGGAACUAUCAAUACGCACUUGAAAGUACUGCACAAUGAACCUAAGGGAUUGAGAUUUUUUCACCCCAUCUACAAGAGCCUGGCAACACAUUAAAUCAGUUGAAUGAUUUUAUUAACGGCUCACACACCAACCCCCUAGCAGUAGGUGGGUGUACAAGUGCUGACUGGCUUCCGUACAUACUGCAACAGUGUGCGCCAUACAGUGUCACCAAACAGAAGGAAAUGCAGGUAACCGUAACUGUCACACCCUGUCCCCUAUAACAUUAGUUGCUGCAUGCUGUUUCGCUUUUAUAAUUUAAUGUUUUUUUUUUAAUCGGUUUCCAUGCUUUUUAAAAUUGACAAUGUUUAAUGGCACUAAAUGCAAUUCUAGAUACUCAACAUAAUCCCAUUUUGGUAAUUUUACGACCUUUAUAUCUUUCACUAUUUGUGUGUCCAUUGUUCUAGGCCUAUACUUUUAAUAUUUUAAUGAAAACAAUACACAGUUUUAUUUUUACACUUUCUGAGUAAGAACUUAUCACAUUGAACUUUCAGAGUAUCACACUUAGAAUAACUACAGAUACUAAUUUAGUUUUUGCUACUUUAUUUCCAAUUUUAUAAUCUACUAUUUUAUUCUCCUUUUACAGUUUUACGCCUUGUACUGGUUGUCCUGUGGAGAACAACAUUUUUCCAUACGGAAUUACGGUGCAAUGAUUUCAUGAUUCUUGAA